UCGGGCAGGGGGCCGCGCGAGUUAUGGAGAGGAAUAAAUGGAGGUGGCGAGGGAGGAGGAGGGAGUGGACGCCACCCCCCGCUGCCGGGCUCCUCCUCCAUCCUCUCCUUUCCUCCGCCUUCUCUUCCCUGCCCCCGCUUCCUCCCUUGCCGUGUUCACCCGCCCACCCGCGGCGCAUCCUCACACCACCCCUCCCAGUCCCCACAGCUCACGAGCCUGGCGUUAUUGCGCGCCGCCUCGCCGCGUUAGCUUCGGGCGCUUUGGCGUGGGGCUGCCUGUGUAACGGUGCCGGUGCCGUGCCGCUCCCGAGGGAGAGGCACUUCACUUGAGGCUCUAGAGAGCUCUUCUGCGUGCUCUGGAGAGAGAGAAGGGGGGAGGUGAAAGGUGAGGGGUGCCAUGGGGAUGGACGGCGGCGGCGGCGGGAAGCUGCCGUACAGCUACGCCGGCGCCGGCAGCCACCAGGAUGGCAAGCUCGUCAAGAGCUUCAGCCGCGUGGAGCCGCGCAAGUUCGGGAUGGGGCUCGUCGCCGGCUUCCUCCUCGUCACCUGCGCCUACUUCUCCACCGCCAAGUUCGACGCCAUCCACAUCGCCAUGGUCAGCCCCAUUUCCACGGACGCGGCUGGGAUUGGCCCGCUGGCGACCGCCGCCGCCGACACCUCCAAGCAGCAAUUUGAUUUAGGCGUGCAGCAACAGGACCGGAACGCGCUGUCCAAGGAGGGGAGCAGGGCCGAUGUGUUCGACAAAGACGACGGCAAUACUUCCUCGUCGGGGCCAGAUUCCGGCCGCGAUGCGCCGCUGGAGGACACGAGGAGAGACGAGGCCUCUGUGGGGGGCAGCGGUGACGCGGGCGGCGUCGAUGCGUCCCCCGCGGCGGCCGCGAAUCCUGCCGGCGGGGGUGAGGUUCCUGCCAAGGACGAUGACGCCACGGCCGCCGUUCUUCCUCCCGUGUCGUUAGAGGAAGCCGCGAACGGCACGCAAGAAUCAGGUGUUCUUGAGGACGAGGAGCUGCGAUUUCAGGAAGCUGUUGCAAAGCCUCCUUCCAAGAAGAGCAAUGACUCCGCCGCGGCUGGCGCCACUGUGGUUCACUCUGAUCCUGCUAUCCUCCCUGCUCCAGUUCAGCAGAUUCCUCCUGCUACUCAAGAGGUCAAGGCUCUUGCUGAUCAGCAGAUUCCAGCUGUUUCAGAGAUUAAGCAAGCAGAUUCGGAGACGCCGGCGCGCGAGUGGAAGCCGCUGUGCGACCUCACGUCGAACCGCCGCAUCGACUGGUGCGAGCUCGACGGCGACGUCCGCGUGCUCGGCGCCAACGCCAGCGUCACCCUGGUUGCGCCGCCCGGCGCCGACGGCCGCGCCUUCCGCGAGGAGUCGUGGCGCAUCAAGCCGUACCCGCGCAAGGCCGACCCGAACGCCAUGCGCAACGUCCGCGUGGUGACGGUCCGGUCGGUGGCCGGCGGUGCGCCGGCGUGCACGGACCAGCACGACGUGCCGGCGCUAGUGUUCUCUGACCGCGGGUACACGGGCAACUACUUCCACGCGUACACGGACGUGAUCCUGCCGCUGUUCCUGACGGCGCGGCAGUACGCCGGCGAGGUGCUGCUGCUGGUGACGGACCUCCAGAUGUGGUGGGUGGGCAAGUUCCUGCCGGUGUUCAAGAGCAUCUCCAACUACGAGGUGAUCGACCUGGACCGCGACCCGCGCGUGCACUGCUUCCGGCACGUCCAGGUCGGGCUCACCAACCACGACGACUUCAGCAUCGACCCGCGCCGCGCGCCCAACGGCUACUCCAUGCUCGACUUCACCAAGUUCAUGCGCACCACCUACGGGCUCCCGCGCGACGUCGCCUGGCCGGCCGCCGCCAACGCGACGGCCGGCCAGAGCCGGCCCCGGCUGCUGCUGAUCGCGCGGGCGCGGACGCGGCGGUUCGUGAACACGGACGAGAUCGUGCGCGGCGCAGAGAAGGUCGGGUUCGAGGUGGUGGUGUCGGAGGGGGAGCACGAGGUGGCGCCGUUCGCGGAGCUGGCCAACAGCUGCGACGCCAUCAUGGGCGUGCACGGCGCGGGCUUGACCAACAUGGUGUUCGUGCCGACGGGCGGGGUGGUGAUCCAGGUGGUGCCGCUGGGCGGGCUGGAGUUCGUGGCCGGCUACUUCCGGGGCCCCUCCAGGGACAUGGGGCUGCGCUACCUCGAGUACCGGAUCACGCCGGAGGAGAGCACGCUGAUCGACCAGUACCCGCGCGACCACAUCAUCUUCACCGACCCGGAGGGCGUCAAGAGCAAGGGCUGGGAGUCCCUCAAGGGCGCCUACCUCGACAAGCAGGACGUGCGGCUGGACAUGAAGAGGUUCCGGCCGACGCUCAAGAAGGCCAUCGCGCACCUCAGGAAGGCCAAAGCCGACGCCAACUAAGCUGCCGUCGCUGUGCAUGUGUUCAUCCAUCCUCUUUGUUUUCUUUUCUUCUUUUUGGAUUAAAUUAUGUCGGUGUACGUAGCAAACAGAAAUCGACCGAGCAAGGUGUAUGAUAUGGCAGGAGAAAAAGAAAUUUAGAGCAGCUUAUAUGUUCAGUUUCACGGUUCCAUCGGAUUGGAUGGCUGAUUUAAGUGAUCAUCAGGUGAGGGUUUAAGCGUGGAGAGCAUGAUCAUGAGACAUGAUCGUCAGCCAAAUGUACAAGGUUUUACAUGAUUGUUGGUUUUGGGGGUUUUUUUAGAUCAAUGAUUUAAC